AUGAAGGCUGAAUCGGACAGAAUUAUUUCUUUAUCGGAUGGUGACAGUUCUGCAGAACUUCAAAAAUACUUGUCCUCCCUCUGCGAAGCCAAGAUCACUGCACUAAUUACGAAUAGUGCGCUAAAGGGAAAGACGAUUGGUAGAAUUAUUAAAGCUAUCUUCAAAGGUUCUCCACCUGGUUCAAGCGAAGGGUCAAAGCGCAGAUUGCUGCUUUAUCAACAUUGCAUUCCUCUCUGUGAGUCUGGGAAUCUCCAAACUGAAGUGGCAGCUGAUAUAAUUGGACUGCUCAUGCUGGAGACACAUACAUUGGUUGGACCCUCUCUUGCAAAACUAGCAGAACUAUUUGUUGAAGAAAUCAAGGCAGGAAAAAUAGGAAACGGGAAGUCCUUGGAGCUAUUUCCUACUGUGCUUACCGCCAUUGCCGCUUGUGAAACGUUGUCGUACGGUAAAGGUGAACUCAGUGGUGAGGAAUGCAAGAAACAGCUGAUCAACAGUCUCUGUUCAAGCAGAUGGGACUCCCAAUGUGUUAUCCACCUGACCACAAUGUUCAGAGAUGUGCCAAUGUCAUCAGAAGAGUUGCGGUUUGUGGUGGAAAAAGUGCAGCGAAUGUUUAAAAAACUCGACCUGCAGGAGAUCCCACCACUUGUUUAUCAAUUGCUCUUGUUAUCUGCAAAGGGCUGCAAGAAACAGGUCCUAGAUGGAAUCAUCUCUUAUUUUAAGCAGCAAGACAUUCACCAGCAAGAGGAGAAAAAACACGGACAGAACUUGGAUUUAGAAGUUCAGUCCAUUCCACAGGACCAGUUAAGACACGUGGAGGGCACUGUUAUACUCCACAUUGUUUUUGCUGUGAGGCUCGACCAUGAACUUGGGAGGGAAUUCAUUAAAAAUAUAAAGGUAUCUUACGGGGACCUUUGCCCUUUCAGUGUUGCACUACUGCUCUCGCUUGCUCGUAUCCAGCGCUAUGAGGAACAGGUGUUUGACCUUUUCAAGGGGGCAAUCAUCAAGAGUUUCAGAGAUGAGCAGCUGCUGCAGGGGUCCAAAUUUCUGCAGGACCUCUUGCCUGGUCACUGUAGCAUUGCUGAGAUGAUUUUGGACACUGUGAGAAGCAGUAUCUUUGGAUGGGAUCAUGUGACCCAGGGCCUGGUGCAGCUGGGCUUCUUCCUGAUGGAUACAUUUGGACCUAAACCUGGACCAUUUGGAAAAAACACAGAAGCUUCUGCCACUGUGGCCCGGACCCCUUCUCAGCUGGCAUGUAAACUAGGAUGUCAGGUGCUCCUGCAGGGAUUUAAGAUGCAUGAGGCAAUCAGAGGCGAGAUUCUGGAGCAAGUUCUGAACCGAUUGGUCACAAAGACGGCCUCACCUGUCAAUCAUUUUUUAAGCCUCUUUUCAGACAUUGUAACCUCCGCUCCAAUGAUACUGCUAGAGUCAUCCUCCAAGGUUACUGAAACAUUUGACCAUCUGUCAUUCCUCCCCCUGGCCACUGUGCAGGGCUUGCUAAAAGCUGUCCAGCCUUUGCUGAAAGUCAGCUUGUCCAUGAAAGAUGCAUUAAUACUGGUUCUCCGUAAGGCCAUGUUUUCAAGCCAACUGGAUGGACGAAAGUCAGCUGUAACUGGCUUCUUGUUACUGCUGAAGAACUUUAAAGUGUUGGGUAGCCUGGCCUCCAGCCAGUGUAGCCAGACAAUCUCCUCCAGUCAGAUCCAAGUGGAUGUUCAUUCUCGAUAUAACGCUGCUGCCAAUGAAGCAUUCUGUCUGGAAAUCUUAAGCAGUCUGCGUCGUUGCCUUGGCCAGCAGGCCGAUGUGCGCCUUAUGCUCUAUGAGGGCUUCUAUGAUGUUCUUCGCCGAAACUCCCAGCUUUCUAGUUCCAUAAUGCAGACUAUUUUCUCACAGUUGAAGAGGUACUAUGAACCUGAACAAGAUCUCUUACCCCCAGUGAAACUGCAGCCAUGCAUCACAGCUCAUGGAGAACAGAUCCACAUUCAGGAGCCCUUGGCCCACCUGGUGUGCUGUACUGUUCAUUGCCUGUUGUGGCUUAAAAAUAUGCGACGAUCAGCCAAAAUGGGGGCUUACGACAGUGAUGAUGAUGAUGACGACGACGAAGAUGAGGGAUAUCAGUCCGAGCUACAGACAAUUCUAGAGAGUGUCACUAAACGCAUGAUCAAAAGUGAAAUGGAGGACUUCGAAUUGGACAAGUCUGCAGAAUUCUCCACUGAAUCCAAUGUUGGUGUGAAGAAUAACAUUUAUGCUGUGCUAGUGAUUGGACUCUAUGAGGUCCUGAUAGAGUACGCUUUUGUCAAAGCCAAUUACAGCAUAAGUGCCUUUAAGGAGCUGUUGGAACUGUUUAACCGCUACCAUAAAUUGUGUGAGAUCCUGAGGGAGAAAUCUGGAAAGGGACGACAGCCCUCAAACAAGACUCCUCGAAGUUUACUUUCAAUGGGCUUUACAUCAACUCUCCUGACUAUGCUCUUUAGGGACAACUCUCAGAGCAAAGAGGAGGCGCUCACUGUGCUGCGCUCCAGUGGAGAAUUUGUACGUUAUGCACUUUGCGUGGCUGUGCAGAAGAUCCAACAAUUGGAAGAUACCGGAAUUACCGACGGCCCAGGUGGACAAAGUUCAGACUUGACUUUCCGAUUUCUGUGUGAAAUGGCAAGUGUGCUGAUGUGGCGUUAUACUAACGUCCCCAGCGUGGUGGACGAUGCUGGGAAGAAAGAAAAGCGGUCUAGCCUUUCACAUUUGAGCCUGGAAGGUCUUCUCGGGAUAUUCACCGUCUGCCAGCAGCGUUAUCCUGAUAAGAUGACUAAGCUUCUCUCUUCCAUUGAAAACUCGGAUGAGGUUGUUGAGUCAGAAGAUGCUAUACAAAUGAUUUACUCUUAUAUCCGUCAAUUUCAGAAAGCGUUGUUCACCCAGUUGAGUGGAGGAGAGGAGGCUUUGAACAGCAAAGAAGCUCAGCUAUUGGUCAACAUUUUGAAUGUGCUUUCCCUCCAGCUAAAACCCUCAUCUGAGCAGUUUGUCCAGAUGUGUUCCUGGACUGCGAAAAUUUGCAAGGAAACUAACUUUGAGGACACGGCGUUGUGCAAGGGGCUGCUCUCACUUCUCUUCAGCCUACAUGUUCUUCUUAAGAGUCCUUCCAGCUUGUUGCUCGAACUCUGCCAGGACAUCCAUAGCCACUUGGGAGAUAUUGAUGAGGAUGUGGAGGUAGAAAAGCUGUCUCACUUUGCCAUUGUCAACAUGAAGACAGCAACCACAGCGGCACUUCAGGUCCUACCUCAAAUAGACAAGGUGCUAGAUGAAGUGGACUGGCUGAUCGGCAAAAAGAAAAGCCAGAUUACCUCUGACAAAUCAGGCCCUGAAGAGACUACACAGCCCGCAGGCCAGCAGGAUCCGAUUGAGAAAGCAGUUACACUCCAGCUUGGAACCCUCGUGACUGCACUCAAUGAGUUGGUCCAGACCGCACUGCUGCUCGGAACAAGCACCAUCACAUUGCUAAGAGUGCUGAGUCGCACGUACUCCAUCCUCACCACCCUAGUUAAAUAUUACAUUCAAGUUUGUGCCAGUCAGAUUGGUGUAUUACCUUCACGCUUUGAGAAGCUGGUCAAACUAUCCGGCUCCCAUCUUACUCCACAAUGCUACCAUUUCAUCACAUAUGUUCAGGGUGGUGAGUCAAGUGGCGCACCCAAGAAGAAAAAGAAUGAAGUUAACACAGCUGCCACUGCUAAACUUCUGCGUCAAACAAAGGCAAUUCCAAACUUGAUCUUCAGCAUUGAACAGUAUGAGAAAUAUCUCAUAACCCUCUCUAAGAAAUCAAAGGUAAAUCUGAUGCAAUACAUGAAACUGAGCACAUCAAGAGAUUUCCGCAUCAAUGCUGCUACUUUGGAUGCAGCUCUGCAGGAACAGGACAACACUGUGGAGGCUGAGUCACAAGCUGUAGAAGAGACUCAAGAACCCAAACAAAAGAAGCGAAAACGAUAA